UAAAUUUCAGCGUCUGGAACUGAAGGACACGUCUUUCGUUAUGUAAUCGCCCAAGAUGAGAUACAUAUGGCUAUGGUAUUACAUGGUUUACAUACUUUCAUGUAAGUAUUUUGAAAGGCCGGGCGUUUUGUCAAUUCAUUUAUUUCGAUUUUUCCAUUGCGCGUAUCUAAUUUGUCCAUAUGCACUCGCCGUACAAAAACAGGAACUGGUUCGAGUAGCCAACGAAUAGUAUUUCCUUUAAAAUAGAUGUUGGUGAGGCUCUCGUCUGCUGAUCCACACAGGACAUUUGCCAACAAACAAGCGUCCAAGGCCUGCGACUCACCACCGCCAUGACCGCCGGACGUCUCUAUGUCCUCUCCCGGUGGAUUCGAGCAGUAGCGACCUCGUCCGCGUGCUUUCUCAAAGCGGUGCCGCCGCACCCCCCCUCGACGUUUUGCCGUUAUGCCAGCAGCAGACGUGUGGGAAAGCCACGCGGAAGUCAAAAUAGAUCCCGCAUGGAAGAAGAAGAAGAAGAUGAAGACCCCAUCAUAGAGGAGGUCGAGGACAAACUCAACGCUUUGCUGGAAGAGAGUAGGAAAAAGCAUCUGAGGAUCAAAUACAACAUAAUGGACAGGAAGAUGACACCGUCAGGCGCUCCAGAGAGGACCUUGACAUGGGAGGCCAUGGAGACCAUCAGGUAUCUAAAGCGAGAGCAUCCAGACGAGUGGACAGUCGAGCAUUUGGCCGAAGGCUUCUCUGUCAGCCCCGCAGUGAUCCGAAGGGUGGUCCGCAACAAGUUUAGCCCGACGCCUCAGAGGAAAGCAAAGCAGGACGCUAAGGUGAUGUCCAGGCUUCAGCGUCCAGCAUUGUCUUCGGGCGAAGCCGGAACAGAGCGAAGCCGACCGGAGCUGCCCGCGGGCCGCUCGCUCCGACAGUUAUCGCCUCCCGGAAACCCCCAAGCCGCUUUGGUUCCCGUGAAUGUACCUAACCGUGAACCCCCGACUAAAGCUUCCGCCCUCGUUACCGGUCCAGCGAUGCCGCCAAGACGUCCCGAAGGUGCCGCAGCAGCCACGACGACGCGGCCAGGGCAGGACGGUUUGAUUGACGUCGAUCCGGCGGAGUGGCAAGAUGAGACGUGGGAUGGACGAGUGUUUUCUGAGGAAGAGCUCGACGAGUUUAGAGAUACGAAGCCUGCGCCCGCCGUGCAAGUUGGGAAGGAUUUCUUUGAUGGCAACGGCCACUUUUUGUACAGAAUCUAAUGAGCACAAAGAUGCAACAGAUUUGAAUGUAAUAUAUCAAAUAAAAAUUUUAAAAAGUGAAAUA